UUGAAAAUUACCUUGGAUCCUAGGACUGGAGUUUAGGUACUUUAUCAUGUUUUUUCUUCUCGGCCGUGCCGACUCUGACUGGCGAUCUUGUACAAGGGUUUCACAGUUUGGUUGGUCAACUAUCGACAAGAACGUGGUAUUGCUGUCUACUUUGCAUGCAUGCACGUACAAGGAUGUAACCUAGGCAUAUGUAGUUACAUUUUGAAGGGGCAGAAGGUUGGAUGAUACCAAAUCAAGAGGCAUAAGUUUAUAUAAGGCUCAUGAUUUCCCCAAUUUUUUUUCUUACUUGCUUAUCCACUUCCCCAGCUUUUCCCAGGUCUUUUGCUGUGUUUCCUUUGUCGCGCAAAAUGACUUCAGUGAAGGAUCAGAUUGACCAUGUCAACACUGUUGAACAUGCCCAUCCAACUACACAUGUAGAUCUAAAUAAUAACGUUACCGCCAAGUAAGUUUUGGUCAACUAUUUCAGUCCUGUGAAAUUGAGUUAUUCGCUAAUCACUAAUUUAUAGAAUACAAAAUCCUUUAGCUGGAUUAUCAGAAGCGACCAUCAUUCGAGACGUAGGAGAAUUCGCACAAGCCAACGAUCUCAACGAUAUCCUUCCCUUACUGGAAAAGGGGGCUUUGGUAGCGGCUGAUCCAGGGAGUUUCGAAAGCGUAGAGAGAUUGGAGGAAGAAGAGAAAGUGGCUUUACGAUAUGAAGCGGCGCAUAGAUGGAGUCAUCCAAGGACGCUUUACUUGACCAUUAUUACCUGUUCUCUCGGUGCGGCUGUUCAGGGUUGGGAUCAGACGGGUAGUAAUGGAGCGAAUCUUUCAUUUCCAGCAGAGUUUGGUAUCGGUCAGGGAGAUAACCCCGCUUCUCCUCAUCAUGAUCGUGAUAAUUGGCUUGUGGGUUUGGUUAACGCAGCUCCAUAUAUUGGAUCAGCUUUUUUGUGAGUCAAGAUUAUGCUCAUUUGACAGUUCAUCAUGACUAAUUUGGAUAUAGGGGAUGUUGGCUUAGCGAUCCCUUCAAUGCCUGGUUUGGGCGUCGUGGUACAAUCUUUAUUGCAGCCAUAAUUUGUAUCUUUACUCCAAUUGGAGGAGCUUUUUCAAAAUCUUGGGGAACUCUUUUCCUUAGUCGUAUAAUUCUUGGCAUCGGAAUGGGCCUGAAAGGAAGCACAGUGCCAAUUUUUGCCGCGGAGAAUAGUCCAGCUAUGAUUAGAGGUGCAUUAGUGAUGUCAUGGCAAAUGUGGACUGCUUUUGGUAUUUUCAUGGGUUUUGCUGCAGUAAGUAGUGGCUCGUCUCAACCAAAGGAACAAUCAUUUAGCUGACAUUUCUCCAGAAUUUGGUCGUCAUUAAUACAGGAAAGAUUGCAUGGAGACUUCAAAUUGGCUCUGCAUUUAUUCCAGCUCUUCCUCUUGCGGCUUUGAUUUUCUUCUGCCCAGGCAAGUAUAUCCUAUCCUUAAAAUCCCACAAUUCUUCAAUUAACUAACAAUUGCCAACAGAAUCUCCACGGUGGUUGAUGAAGCGAGGAGAAUAUAGAAGAGCCUACAAUUCUCUUUGCCGACUUCGGAAGCACGAUCUUUUUGCUGCUCGUGAUCUCUACUUCAUUGACUGUCAGCUCAAAAUCGAAGCAGCCAUCGUUGGUAAAACCAACUACGUCAGUAGAUUCAUCCAACUCUUCACCAUUCCCCGUGUACGAAGGGCAACGCUUGCAUCGUUCACCGUGAUGAUUGCGCAACAGAUGUGUGGUAUCAAUAUCAUUUCGUUUUAUUCUUCGACUAUUUUCAAGCAGGCCGGUACUAGUGAAAAGAAUGCUUUGAUUGCAAGUUUUGGUUUUGGAUUGGUAAAUUUCGUAUUUGCGUAAGUCUUUCUGGGGGUUUCCCCAAAACUUUAUAUUUCUGUAGUAUGAUGCUAAUGAUACGCCCACUAUCUAGCUGGCCAGCUAUUUGGACCAUUGACACCUUUGGUCGACGCUCUCUACUUCUCUUUACCUUUCCACAGAUGGCUUGGUCUCUCCUCGCAGCUGGUCUCUGCUUCCUCAUCGAUGAGAAAUUAACUGCGCAUAUUGGACUCAUCGCGACAUUUAUUUACAUAUUCGCCGCAUUUUACUCACCAGGGGAAGGACCUGUUCCUUUCACAUACUCGGCGGAAGUGUUCCCCUUAUCACACAGAGAAGUAGGAAUGGGCUGGGCCGUCGCAACUUGUUUAUUCUGGGCAGCCGUUCUCUCAAUCUCUUUCCCUAAGAUUUUAGAAACAUUCCAUCCUGUGGGAGCUUUCUCAUUCUACGCGUAUGUUCCCUCCCUCCUUCCCUAAAAUACAAAUCCAACUAACACCAAAUAGAGGACUCAAUAUCGUCGCCUUCGUAAUGAUAUUCCUCUUUGUUCCCGAAACCAAACAACGCACCCUAGAAGAACUCGACUACAUUUUCGCAAUCCCAACCCGCACAUUCAUGAAAUAUCAAAUCACCAAAACCCUUCCAUAUUGGGUUCAACGAUACGUAUUCAUGAGGAAGAAUGCGGUGCUAGAGCCACUCUAUCAUUUUGAUGAGACGUCUGAUUUCAGAGCGCCCGAUACCAAGAACACGGGGAUCCCGGAGCAGAUUGAGAAGGUGGAGCCGGAUAAGAGUAGUGGGAAGGAAAGUGCGGAGAUCAAUGCUUGAGAUGAUUUAAUGGAUGAAGUGGCUAAGAAAUUUGUGGCCAUGGGUAGAUAGUUUAUCUAUUUGUGGGACAUAGAUAAGGAUGCAUAGAAAGAAAUACAGGAAGAAAAGCCGACCUGUAGUAUAUUUCCAUUUCGAGUUGUUUCUGUGACGUCUAUAAUGUAGAGUGAAAUUAAAAUUCUAAUCAAAAUUUAUAUCAGAAGUAUAA